CUCUGGGCUCAUUGUGUCGAUUGAGUUGCUCGUGGAAGGACGACAACGACGGCGGUGUCUCCAGACUUUUAGUUUCGGUUCGGUCCGCGCCAAAGGAUAUACAGAGACACACACCGAUAUAUUUGAACCGCCCACCACCCCUCGAAUACAUAGGCGCAGUGAAAAAUUCUGUACGUUCGCUGUGUCCGUGUGCGUGUCUCGCGUCGCGUGUUUCAAUGCGUGUAUGUGAAAUGGGCACAACGAAAAUAAUUUAAAUAAAUUCGGUAGAGUCCAUAGAGAAAGUUUAUACAAAAUUCUUUACUCCCCAAAUAGCUGGAUAUAAGAAAUAAAUUUAACAAAUAUAACGCAUUCCACUUAAGGAAAAAUAUAUUAAAUAUAUUCAUGUGUGUGUGCUAGUGUUCAAUGUGCAAAAGUGUUGAUGGAAACUUAAACCAAAUAAAACGUAGAGCUAACCGGGUUUAAGGCUCAAAACAGAUUAUUGUAGUAAAAACACAAGCAAGCACUCGAUAAAAAUCAAUAACUGGGAUUAGCAGCUUAAGUUUAUAACAAAAGCAACGGAAAAGGAAAUAGGGGAAAACUCCAAAAACUUAAAUUGGCGCCACCCGCAGCAAAACAACGAAAAUGUAUUGAUCAGCAGGGGAAAAAGUAGCCAGGACAAAAGGAAUUUACCCAUGAAUAAGUCAAGUGUUAAGUGUAAAAUCCACAAUUGAAAAGGGAGUGAAUAGAGAGGAAAGGUCACCGGGAAAAAGUGUUGAUAGCAAACAGGAUCGAAAAGUGCCGCGGCAAAAUGGCGGCACGACGUUGCCUGAAUCAGCUCAGGCAACGUUAUAUAACCACAAAACUGAAUCUCUACACCUGCGCGAUACUUUUGAUAUGCCUCCCGUUCAUUUUGGCCAUAGAGGAGACCACAUUCGCUGGUUUGUCGGCGGAGAAUGCGGCUCGCAUGUUGGCUGGCAGUCCUGGCGAUGUGGAAAAAUCGCCAUCGCAUCACAGUGAAAUGUCCUUGGUCCUGCCACACGAUACCUAUCCCGGGUUCAGCAUCAAGAAGUUCAAAACCCAUCCUCUCAAGAUAAAUGGCAGCUCGCAUUCCGGCGCAGCUGCCUACCACAUGUUGGAUAGCGACUACUCCAAGUACUUCACGGUACUUGAAGACGGUGUGGUGAUGACCACGGCGGACAUUUCUCCGCUGGUAAAUCGUCCAGUUCAACUGGUGGUGGUUGAACAAACGCCCAAUGUCACCAACACCCACAAUCUUCAGUUGUUCGUGAUGCACCGCAACGAUAUGCUGAGGUUCUCGGGUUCACUACUUGAUGCCAGUGGUGAAGUAAGGGAAAACCAGCCAGCGGGAACCAGAGUGAGAGGAGUUCCCCUAAUGCAGGCCUUCAGUGGAUCCAUCCUGGAAGAGGAGCUCGCCACGCCCAAGAAGGUCAGGUACACCAUCAUCGAUGGCAACGUUGAUGAUGCCUUUGCCCUCCAGGAACGCAAGGCCAAUAAGAACAUUCAAAUAAGUGCCAAGUCAUUGGUAAUUAAUGGUGAUGAUGAGUCCGGUGUUUGGCUGGUCACCAAUCGUCCUUUGGAUCGCGAGGAACGAGCUCACUAUGAUCUCUCCGUGGAAGCCUCCGAUGUGGAUGGUUUGGACAAGACAGUUUCCAAAAUCCAGAUCACCGUUCUCGAUGAAAACGACAACAGACCGAUUUUCAAGUCCCUGGAUUACAAAUUCGCCAUCGCUGGUCAGAAGUCUGCGAAUAUCGAGAGCAAUAGUAGUGUUACCUAUCAGCGAUUUGCGAUCAUGGGAAAAGUGGAGGCCACCGAUGCUGAUGGGGAUAAAAUCGCCUAUCGCUUGAAGUCCCCCAGCAAUGUUGUGAUUAUUGUCCCCCAAACUGGGGAAAUAAUGCUGGCCGGUGAACCCACUUCGAAUGAACUUCUUAUCGAGGUGAUAGCUCAUGACUUAAGGUAUCCCAGUCUAUUGAGCGCCAAGCCGGCAAAGGUUUUAUUGGAGUUUUUAGCUGCCGAACCAGUAUCGUUUAUAAUGCAACACUUGGAACACGAUGAGGUGAACAAUCACUCACAUCACCGAGAGAAAAGAAGGGUCACACGAGCUGUUCGACCCACCAAGAGGAUUGAAUUCACCGAAGCUGACGGCGAUACUGAGGGAAAAUCGGUGUUCCAAUUGGAAAAGGAAACCGAUAAGGAGACCUUCAAGAUCCGGGAUGACAAUCCCUGGGUGACGGUGGAAACCAAUGGAGCUGUGCGCGUCAAGAAGAAGUGGGACUACGAGGAGUUGGGUCCAGAGAAGACCAUCGAUUUCUGGGUCAUCAUCACCAAUAUGGGACAUAAUGCUGGCAUCAAGUAUACGGACAACCAGCGUGUAAUAAUCCUGGUGAAGGACGUGAACGACGAGCCGCCGUACUUCAUCAACCGUCCCCUGCCCAUGCAGGCGGUGGUGCAACUGAAUGCACCGCCCAACACUCCGGUUUUCACCCUCCAAGCCAGAGAUCCCGACACGGAUCACAAUAUCCAUUACUUCAUCGUUCGCGAUCGAACUGGUGGUCGUUUUGAGGUGGACGAGCGAUCUGGAGUGGUGCGAACCAGGGGAACGGAUCUCUUCCAGCUCGACAUGGAGUACGUCCUGUACGUGAAGGCGGAGGAUCAGAACGGAAAGGUCGACGACCGCAGGUUCCAAAGCACUCCGGAGGAGCGACUGUCAAUCGUGGGAGGCAAACGAGCCCCGCAGUUCUAUAUGCCCAGCUAUGAAGCCGAGAUUCCAGAAAACCAGAAGAAGGACUCAGACAUCAUUUCGAUUAAGGCCAAGUCCUUCGCAGACCGCGAAAUCCGCUACACUUUGAAGGCCCAGGGCCAAGGAGCCGGCACCUUUAACAUCGGACCCACGUCGGGCAUUGUCAAGUUGGCCAAGGAGUUGGACUUUGAGGAUCUGCGACAGCCGCACGUGUACUCGCUGAUUGUGACAGCCACCGAGGACUCAGGAGGAUUUUCCACCUCCGUCGAUCUCACCAUUCGCGUUACUGAUGUGAAUGACAAUGCACCGAAAUUCGAGCUGCCCGAUUACCAAGCUCAUAAUGUGGAUGAAGAUAUUCCUCUUGGCACAAGCAUACUCCGUGUAAAAGCAAUGGAUUCAGAUUCCGGAUCGAACGCCGAAAUCGAAUACCUUGUAUCCGACGACCACUUCGCCGUGGAUUCAAAUGGAAUCAUCGUAAACAACAAACAACUGGAUGCGGAUAACAAUAAUGCGUACUACGAGUUCAUAGUCACUGCCAAGGACAAAGGAGAACCGCCAAAAUCGGGAGUGGCGACCGUUCGUGUUUACACCAAAAACAAGAACGACGAGGAGCCCAAGUUCUCGCAGCAAGUGUACACACCGAAUGUGGAUGAGAAUGCCGGUCCGAAUACUUUGGUUACCACUGUGGUGGCCUCCGAUAAGGAUGGAGAUAAUGUCAGGUUUGGAUUCGUGGGCGGCGGCACUUCGUCGGGUCAGUUCGUCAUCGAGGACAUAACCGGUGUGAUCCGACUGCACAAUAAGGCCAUAUCCUUGGACAGGGACAAGUACGAACUGAAUGUGACGGCCAUGGACGAUGGAUCCUGUUGCGUGAACGGCGAUCAAACCAUCCACACCUCAACCGCCGUGGUGGUGGUCUUCAUCACCGAUGUCAACGAUAAUAAGCCGGUGUUUAAGGACUGCAGCACUUACUAUCCGAAAGUGGAGGAAGGAGCUCCCAACGGAAGUCCUGUCAUCAAAGUUGUGGCCACUGAUGAGGACAAGGGUGUGAAUGGACAGGUGAAAUACUCGAUUGUUCAGCAGCCCAAUCAGAAGGGUACAAAGUUCACCGUGGACGAGGAAACCGGCGAGGUGUCCACCAACAAGGUCUUCGAUCGAGAGGGAGAUGAUGGCAAGUUUGUCUCGGUCACAGUGAAGGCCACCGAUCAGGGAGAUCCAAGUCUGGAGGGUGUCUGCUCCUUCACCGUGGAGAUCACAGAUGUCAACGAUAAUCCUCCUUUGUUCGAUCGUCAGAAAUACGUGGAAAAUGUUAAGCAGGAUGCCAGCAUUGGCACGAAUAUCCUCCGUGUCUCCGCCUCCGAUGAAGAUGCUGACAACAAUGGAGCUAUAGUUUACAGCCUGACUGCCCCCUUCAAUCCCAACGAUCUGGAAUACUUCGAAAUUCAGGCCGAAUCCGGUUGGAUUGUGCUGAAGAAACCGCUUGACGGUUGUUAUCCACGUGAUCGAUAUCGCUUGAGGGUUAGCGCCUCCGAUAAGGGCACUCCCGCCUCGGCCGCCGAUGUCGACGUUGAAUUAGAUGUCGUCGAUCGGAAUAAUAAGCCACCCAUUUGGGAUAAGAGCAUUUACGGCCCGAUUCACAUACGCGAGAAUGUCACUGUGGGUACGGUUGUAACAUCGGUUAAGGCAAGUUCGGGCAUCGAGGGCAAUCCGACAGUUUUCUACCGUCUGAUGCCCGGGUCGACGGCUCAAACGAAUAAAUUUCACACGUUCUACUUGCAACAAAGACCGGACAAUGGAGACACUUGGGCCGAUAUAAAAGUGAAUCAUCCGCUGGACUACGAGAGCAUCAAGGAAUACAAUCUUACCAUACGUGUUGAGAACAACGGGGCCCAACAAUUGGCGUCGGAAGCGACCGUUUACAUAAUGCUCGAGGAUGUUAAUGAUGAAAUACCUUUAUUCACCGAACGCGAACAGGAAACGGUGCUCGAGGGCGAACCGAUUGGCACCAAAGUGACACAAGUGAACGCCAUCGACAAGGAUGGCACAUUCCCAAAUAAUCAGGUCUACUACUACAUCGUCGAUUCACCGCGAAACGAGGGCAAAGAAUUCUUCGAAAUCAACCUGCAGAGCGGAGAGAUUUUCACGAAAACCGUAUUCGACAGGGAGAAAAAGGGCGCCUAUGCCCUCGAAGUGGAGGCUCGGGAUGGAGCUCCUUCGGCGCGACCCAACAGCAAUGGACCCAAUUCAGUCACCAAAUUCAUACGCAUCGGCAUCGCCGAUAAAAACGAUAAUCCGCCCUAUUUCGACAAAUCGCUGUACGAGGCCGAAGUGGACGAGAACGAGGACAUCCAGCACACAGUGCUCACUGUAACGGCCAAGGAUCACGACGAGUCCUCACGUAUCCGCUAUGAAAUUACAAGCGGCAACAUUGGCGGCGCUUUUGCGGUUAAAAAUAUGACGGGUGCCAUUUAUGUUGCUGGCGCUUUAGAUUACGAAACUCGACGCCGGUAUGAACUUCGUUUGGCCGCCUCCGAUAACUUAAAGGAGAACUACACUACUGUGAUUAUCCAUGUCAAGGAUGUGAAUGAUAAUCCCCCCGUUUUCGAGCGACCCACUUAUCGAACCCAGAUUACCGAAGAGGAUGAUCGUAAUUUACCCAAACGCGUUUUGCAGGUCACCGCCACAGAUGGCGACAAGGAUCGUCCCCAGAACAUCGUGUACUUCCUCACGGGCCAGGGAAUUGAUCCGGAUAAUCCAGCCAAUAGCAAAUUCGAUAUUAACCGCACCACCGGCGAAAUAUUCGUUUUAAAGCCAUUGGAUCGCGAUCAACCGAACGGUCGACCCCAGUGGCGCUUCACUGUAUUCGCGCAGGACGAAGGCGGCGAGGGACUCGUGGGCUACGCGGAUGUUCAAGUCAAUCUGAAGGACAUCAACGAUAAUGCGCCCAUUUUCCCACAGGGCGUGUACUUUGGCAAUGUGACGGAGAACGGAACCGCCGGCAUGGUUGUGAUGACCAUGACAGCCGUGGACUACGACGAUCCCAAUGAGGGUUCCAAUGCCCGCCUGGUUUACUCCAUCGAAAAGAACGUGAUUGAGGAGGAAACUGGGUCGCCAAUUUUCGAAAUCGAACCCGAUACGGGUGUGAUUAAGACCGCAGUUUGCUGUCUGGAUCGCGAGAGAACGCCGGAUUACUCGAUACAAGUCGUUGCGAUGGAUGGCGGGGGGUUAAAGGGGACGGGGACGGCCUCUAUAAGGGUUAAAGAUAUCAACGAUAUGCCGCCGCAAUUCACGAAAGACGAAUGGUUUACGGAAGUGGACGAAACGGAUGGCACGGCCCUGCCGGAAAUGCCCAUUUUAACCGUAACCGUUCACGAUGAAGACGAAACGAACAAAUUUCAGUACAAAGUUAUCGAUAACAGCGGCUAUGGAGCCGAUAAAUUCACCAUGGUGCGAAAUAACGAUGGCACUGGUUCCCUGAAAAUUGUGCAACCCUUGGACUACGAGGAUCAACUGCAGAGUAAUGGCUUCCGCUUCCGGAUUCAGGUGAACGACAAGGGCGAGGACAACGACAAUGAUAAGUACCACGUGGCCUACUCGUGGGUUGUGGUUAAACUGAGGGAUAUCAACGAUAACAAACCGCACUUCGAGCGGGCCAACGUGGAGGUGUCCGUUUUUGAGGACACCAAAGUGGGCACGGAACUCGAGAAGUUCAAGGCAACCGAUCCGGAUCAGGGUGGCAAGAGUAAGGUCUCCUAUUCCAUCGACCGUUCUUCGGAUCGUCAGCGACAGUUUGCCAUCAACCAAAAUGGCUCGGUAACCAUUCAACGUACUUUGGAUCGAGAAGUUGUUCCACGUCAUCAGGUCAAAAUCCUGGCCAUCGACGACGGCUCUCCACCAAAAACAGCCACUGCCACACUCACAGUUAUCGUUCAGGAUAUCAACGACAAUGCUCCCAAGUUCCUUAAGGAUUACAGACCAGUUUUGCCAGAGCAUGUGCCACCACGUAAGGUGGUUGAAAUCCUGGCCACCGAUGAUGACGAUCGCUCGAAGAGCAAUGGUCCUCCAUUCCAGUUCCGUUUGGAUCCCAGCGCCGAUGAUAUUAUCCGAGCUUCUUUCAAGGUGGAACAGGAUCAGAAGGGUGCCAAUGGUGAUGGCAUGGCCGUCAUUUCAUCUCUGCGAUCCUUCGACCGCGAACAGCAAAAGGAGUACAUGAUUCCUAUUGUAAUCAAGGAUCAUGGGUCGCCAGCGAUGACGGGAACAAGCACUUUAACAGUGAUCAUUGGCGAUGUGAAUGACAACAAAAUGCAGCCCGGCUCCAAGGACAUCUUCGUUUACAACUACCAAGGACAAUCGCCAGAUACGCCAAUCGGUCGAGUUUAUGUCUACGAUUUGGACGAUUGGGAUCUGCCCGACAAGAAGUUCUACUGGGAGGCCAUGGAACAUCCGCGAUUCAAGUUGGACGAGGAUUCUGGUAUGGUAACAAUGAGGGCCGGAACUCGCGAAGGAAGAUAUCAUCUCAGGUUCAAGGUGUACGAUCGGAAGCACACUCAGACCGAUAUCCCCGCCAAUGUCACAGUUACAGUGAGAGAAAUUCCUCACGAAGCAGUCAUAAAUUCGGGAUCAGUUCGACUGUCUGGAAUUUCCGAUGAAGACUUCAUUCGAGUGUGGAACUACAGGACCCAGAGCAUGAGCCGCUCGAAAAUGGAUCGUUUCAGGGAUAAACUGGCUGAUUUACUGAAUACCGAAAGGGAGAAUGUGGAUAUAUUCAGUGUUCAAUUAAAGAGGAAGCAUCCACCCCUAACUGAUGUUAGGUUCUCCGCCCAUGGCUCUCCGUACUACAAACCUGUAAGACUAAAUGGAAUUGUGCUGAUGCACCGCGAGGAAAUUGAAAAAGAUGUGGGUAUUAACAUCACAAUGGUGGGAAUCGAUGAGUGUUUCUACGAGAAUCAAAUGUGCGAGGGUAGCUGCACCAAUUCCCUGGAAAUUAGUCCUCUUCCUUAUAUGGUAAAUGCCAAUAAGACAGCUUUAGUUGGAGUUCGAGUGGACACCAUUGCUGAUUGCACUUGUGGAGCUCGUAACUUCACUAAACCGGAAUCCUGCCGAACUACUCCGUGUCACAAUGGUGGUCGUUGUGUGGACACCAGAUUUGGUCCCCAUUGCUCGUGUCCUGUGGGUUAUGCAGGUCCUCGGUGUCAGCAAACCACUCGCAGUUUCCGAGGGAACGGAUGGGCCUGGUAUCCUCCCCUCGAAAUGUGCGACGAAUCGCAUUUGAGUUUGGAGUUCAUAACCCGGAAACCCGAUGGUUUGAUUAUCUACAACGGACCUAUUGUUCCGCCGGAAAGGGAUGAAAUGGUUAUAUCAGAUUUCAUUGCCUUGGAAUUGGAGAGAGGUUAUCCCAGACUCCUUAUUGAUUUCGGUUCGGGAACUUUGGAGUUGAGAGUGAAGACCAAGAAGACUUUGGAUGAUGGUGAAUGGCACAGGAUCGAUCUGUUCUGGGAUACCGAAAGCAUUCGCAUGGUUGUUGACUUUUGCAAGUCAGCUGAGAUUGCCGAAAUGGAGGAUGGCACUCCGCCGGAGUUCGAUGACAUGUCCUGCCAGGCGAGAGGACAAAUUCCGCCAUUCAAUGAGUAUCUGAAUGUGAAUGCUCCUUUGCAAGUGGGUGGUUUGUACCGCGAACAAUUUGAUCAGAGCGUUUACUAUUGGCACUAUAUGCCCACGGCCAAGGGAUUCGAUGGUUGCAUCCGGAACUUGGUUCACAACUCAAAGCUUUAUGAUUUAGCUCAUCCGGGACUAUCGAGGAAUAGUGUGGCGGGUUGUCCGCAAACCGAGGAGGUCUGUGCCCAAACGGAGACCACGGCUCGUUGCUGGGAACAUGGAAACUGUGUUGGAUCCUUGUCUGAGGCUCGAUGCCAUUGUCGACCGGGUUGGACAGGUCCUGCCUGCAAUAUCCCCACAAUUCCCACCACCUUCAAGGCCCAAAGUUAUGUGAAAUAUGCCCUGAGUUUCGAGCCAGAUCGGUUUAGCACUCAAGUUCAGUUGAGAUUCCGCACAAGAGAGGAGUACGGUGAACUUUUCCGUGUUAGCGAUCAGCACAAUCGGGAGUACGGAAUUCUGGAGAUCAAGGAUGGUCAUCUUCAUUUCCGAUACAAUCUAAACUCCCUUCGCACCGAAGAAAGGGAUCUCUGGCUGAAUGCCAUAGUGGUUAACGAUGGCCAAUGGCACGUGGUGAAGGUGAAUCGGUAUGGAUCCGCUGCUACCCUGGAAUUGGAUGGCGGAGAAGGUCGUCGGUAUAACGAGACCUUUGAGUUUGUGGGUCAUCAGUGGUUGUUGGUGGACAAACAGGAGGGUGUCUAUGCAGGCGGAAAAGCUGAAUACACUGGCGUGAGAACUUUUGAGGUUUACGCUGAUUACCAGAAGAGCUGUCUCGAUGAUAUACGUCUUGAAGGCAAGCACCUUCCCCUUCCACCAGCGAUGAAUGGCACCCAAUGGGGUCAGGCCACGAUGGCCAGGAAUCUCGAGAAGGGUUGUCCCUCAAACAAACCCUGCUCAAAUGUGAUCUGCCCCGAUCCCUUCGAAUGCGUGGAUCUGUGGAAUGUCUACGAGUGCACUUGCGGCGAAGGACGCAUUAUGUCGCCCGAUUCCAAGGGCUGUAUGGAUCGCAACGAGUGCCUCGAUAUGCCCUGCAUGAACGGGGCCACUUGCAUUAACCUCGAGCCCCGACUUCGAUAUCGUUGCAUUUGCCCCGAUGGUUUUUGGGGCGAGAAUUGCGAAUUGGUGCAGGAGGGUCAGACCUUAAAGCUCAGCAUGGGCGCCCUGGCGGCGAUUUUAGUCUGCCUUCUGAUCAUACUGAUACUCGUCCUGGUCUUCGUCGUAUACAAUCGUCGCCGUGAGGCGCAUAUCAAAUAUCCGGGUCCCGAUGACGAUGUACGCGAGAAUAUCAUUAACUACGAUGAUGAGGGAGGCGGCGAGGAUGAUAUGACUGCCUUUGAUAUCACCCCGCUCCAGAUACCAAUUGGUGGGCCAAUGCCACCUGAGCUGGCGCCCAUGAAAAUGCCAAUUAUGUACCCCGUUAUGACCUUAAUGCCAGGUCAGGAACCCAAUGUUGGCAUGUUCAUCGAGGAGCAUAAAAAGCGCGCCGAUGGUGAUCCAAAUGCGCCACCUUUCGACGACUUGAGGAACUACGCGUACGAGGGUGGCGGCAGCACAGCUGGAUCGCUCAGCUCGUUGGCUUCAGGUACUGAUGACGAGCAGCAGGAGUACGACUACCUCGGAGCUUGGGGGCCACGCUUCGAUAAGCUGGCCAACAUGUAUGGACCCGAGGCGCCCAAUCCCCACAAUACCGAACUAGAAUUGUAAGCUGGGAGGCCGAGGAAAGCCGAGGCAUCGAGUGGGGAGAAGGGAAGAGACCGAAUCCAAGUCCGAAGCGGAUACCUAGAUGAACAAACUAAAACUGUUAGUAGAUACAAAGUUGCAUUUAAAACGAAAUGAAAACCCCACUCACGAGGGAAACUCACACACAAAGAAAGCGCAACCAAAGAAGCAUCUCAAUGCUGAAGUUGGCAAAACUCUCUACGUAAAUGGAAACUAAAAACUAGAAAACUAGAUGGGAAUGGGAACUGGAUAUGGAAAUGAAGAAAAAAUCAAACACAUAUUAAAACACGUAAAAUGACAUUUGUAAAAAUAUUUCAUCAGCAUUUAAAUUUAAACGAUUACCAUAAUGAAAUUAAGUUAUAAGGGCAACCCGAACCGAACAUUACGGUUGCACUUUUUCCAGCAUUUUUUGCGGGGCAAGUUAAGAACGAAUUAAAAAUCGAGGAAGUGAGAAUUGUAAGUUGUAGGAGAGAGCAUACCAAAGUUUAGUUUAGGAGCGCUUAUGAAUUUAUAAAUUUAAUUCUCGAACAGAUUUGUUGUGCAUAUUAUUUUAAGUUGUAAUUAUUAUUUUAGACAUUUUCUGUUUAUAAGUUUGUGACGUAUGUGAGAGUCAUUUAGCGUCAGAAUGAAAAUUCUCAACGCCUUUUAUUUAAAAAUACCUUAAGUUAAACAUUUAUAAUUUCGCAUUACUUUUUAAGGAUUACAAUUAAACAUAAUUAAAAACUUAUAUAAAGGAAUACCCAAAGACUGUUUUCGUUCCAUCAUAACAAGUAUAUACACACAUUAAAAACACGAAACAUAUAUAUAUUAACAUAUAAACAUUACGAAAUUUUUAACUGCAAAUCGAGAGGCAUUUCGCAUGUUGCCGCAUUGUGUAUCAUUCAAUUUAAAGUAAACCACAAUCGGCGAACCCGUGGCAAGUUGCCAGGAAGAAAAUACUCCUAAAAAUAUAUUCUAAAUGCAGAAAACCUAUGCUAAAAUCUCUACAUAAAGCGAAUCUAGCCGAAGAAAUGCUGGCAACGUAAAAUAAAGAAAAAAAGAAAAAAUUACCUUUAGAUGAACUUAGCGCAAUUGAUAUAAUUAAAAUGAGUAUCUAAAAAAGUAAUUAUAUAUAUAUUAAUGAUGAAAAAAUAAAAAAGUAUUUUACAUUGUAUAUAUUAUUAGUUUUAGCACGUAUACAAAGAAACACACAGACACAACCACAAUAUUAAACCAAUCGAAAUUGGUAUCAAGGCAUAAAAUCGUAUAGAGUCAUUUCAACAAAAGUGGUUGAAUGCAUUCAAAUAAAAAAUUCUCCAUAUACAUAAACCCAAAACCAACAGCAUUUAAAAACAAACUAUUUCCACUCAACAAAGCAAACGAUUUUGCAGUUUCAUUUAUAUUUUCUCGUUUGUUCGCUGAAACUUUUAUCUACAGAUCGAUAAAAGUCGCAAGUUUUUAUUAUAUUCAUUUGUUGUUGCAUAGAGACACACAUAAUAAAAUUGAUUUUGUAAGUUGAAUUCACGUUUUCGUUUUCAUUUCGACUGUCAGCCAGAAAAACAAAAUCAGAAACACAGUUAAUCGGUUACAGAUUGUAGAGAACCGUAAGUACAUAAUAUAAUAAAAAUAUAUAUAUAAAGCCUAAAUCAUAGAGUUUUCCAGGCAGCAUAUGGCCACAAACAUGAUCCUAUUGAAAAUUCUGUAUUAGUUCCCUAAAUUCACAAAUUCUCCCUUUAGGCAGGUAUUAAACACAGAUACAACCACGCAGAAUUUUUGGUGUUCGAAUUAUUCCUACUACCACAAGAGAAAAGUUACAGAAAACUACUUAAGAAACACUUACCGUAUACAUAUAACAAAUGGAAAUGGAGAAAAAUCUAACAAAACUGCAACAAAAGUUGACUAUUGAAAAGUGCAAAGAUUUUAACGUAAUUGUUAAACCAUACAGCGAAAUAAAUAAUAAUAAACUUCUCUGCUGUACUUGUUUGAGAAAAUUCAUAGAAAUUUUAAAGCACAUUAAUUGUUAAAUCGAACCUUAACUCGAAGUAGCCAUUUACGAAUAACCGAAGCCAUUUUGAAAUGAUUUGCCUGCGUAGCUACAGUGCGAUACGGUACAGCAAGUCCGGAUAUCCAGAGACACACAGAACACUGCCAAUAUUAUGGUUUAGUUUCGCAAAGACUCGAAAGGUUAAUUCAACGAACUGUUCAUGUUUGGCUUUCGCUUUUCUUCCGCGCAUUGCACAGAGGAUUCUGCAUUUUUCAUUUGGACUUUUUUUUUGACGCAUCUGACUAUGAAUAAAUUUUGCAUUUAUAUAUGUAUAGGUCGAACAGCCAACGGAAACGAAAGAAAUCCAAAAAAUCACAAACCACACACUGAACAAUGCAAACAUUUUAAAUUGAAGACAUUCAGAUAAACAGCAAACAAAAAGAACCGACGACGGGAUGUUUUAUAUUUAUAACAGCAGAAUAACACACAGAAUAAAAACCAAUUAGUAGAAUGGCAAGUGAAUUAUAUACUCAUUUACAAAUAUUUGUUAUAUAUUUUGUAAUGUAAGUUAGAAGCAUAUACUAUCUAUUGAAUAAUGCACAGACACAUACAUAUAUAAUGCGAAAUACAUUUACACCAGAGGAACACACACACACACACCGACAGACUGACAGAAAGACAGACACUUACAUGCGAUCCAAGAAUCAUACUAUUUGAUAACUAUGUAUUUAUAAUGUAUGCAUUUUUUACCAACCCAAAAACGAGCGCAAACAAAAUCCGAAACUCCCCUAUUAAACAAAAAUCCCAUUAAGUCUAAUAAAAUGAGAACACA